AUGAGUAAGCAUAAAGCGGAAGUAGAUUGCACUGUACGCUGCAGAUCUCGGACCCACGGACAGGCUCUAACCAGUGCAAUAACAAAGAGAUCUAUCAGUGAUCAAGCUCUGGCAAGCUUCAUUAAAGCAACAUGUGCUAACUUUAACAAGGCAUUCGAUUUUGAGGGUCGCACAGCACUCCACACAGCGGCGUCUUGCGGCCGCCUCGCCUUGAUGGACUGGCUGAUCCGCCACUCCUCCGUAGCAUUCAUCAACGCCCGCGACCGCGAAUCCGGGUACACUCCACUACAUCGCAGCGUGUUCUACGGACAGAUACACGCAGCUGUUACUCUCAUGAAAAUAGGUGUAAACAUGGAUAUAGUAGACAAAGAUGACUACAAAGCCCUAGAACAUUCGAUGCUGGACCGCCAGUACAUGUACAAACAUGAAGGUAGUCAACCGAGUGAGGUAUAUGUAUGGGGCAGCAACUGCAAUUACACCCUCGGUACUGGUACACAGCAACAAAGAAACUCCCCCGAACUACUCACCAGUUUCAACAGAGCUAAUACUUGCGUCAAACAGGUAUGUCUAGGCAAGUUCCACAGCGUGUGGUUAUCAGGGUCGGGCGAGGCGUGGUGUUGCGGCCAGCAGGCCCGCGCGGGCGGCCCGCACGCGACGUCGCUGCGCCCCACGCCGCUCAAACUAGCGGAGCCCUGCGUUGCCAUCGCCAUCACGCUAAAUUCUACAAUAUUCCUCAUGGAAAGUGGAACGAUUCUGCAAUACGCGUUGAACAGUACGGACAACGUGAGCCAGUCCACGACGAAGGCCCCGUCGUGCAUCAAGCUGUCGUCCGUGAAGCCGCUGCUGAAGCUGUCGGAGCCGCGCGGCGUGUGCGGGGCGCGCGCCCACGCCGUCGUGUGGAACGCGCGCGCCCUCUACUCCUGGGGACACAACUACGGACAACUCGGACACUCCAACGAAGACAAGUUUGUUCCUGCACCGAAACGGGUGGCCAUAUCAAUGAACAAUAAAGAAGAAGCCGGCAUCCAGCUAGUGGAUGUAUCGGACGCGGCGACAGUAAUCACCACCAGCCGUGGGGAUGUCUACCUGCUUCACAAGUACAUCUGCAAGAAGAUCGCUAUCAAACAAAUUAACCUGCGUCAAGUAUGCGUAGAGGCGAAGGUGAACGACCAAGGCUCGUACUCCCGCGUCACAGUCCUGCUACUCACCAACGUGGGACAACUCUUCAUAUGGCAGGAUACCACCAACAAACUUACUAGAUGUGUCUUCGGCCUGGUCCACCAAACCAUAAUAACACACGUGGCACUCACACACGACGCCGUCUACUUCACUACUAAAUACGGCGAAGCCUUCAUUGGUACGAUUUCCCGCAAAACCACGCCCACUCCAGCCCCGCAGCCAAUCAAAAAAGAGAGAGAAAGGGACAACAAAUCCCCGCUUGUGAAGUUUUUAGAAAAGGACGACUGUACGUCUGUUAGGAUCUCGAAGAUACCGAAUAUUUAUAGAGCAGUGUCUAUCGCUGUGGAUAGCGAAGGACUUAACUUUGCUUGUUUACAGACAAAACCAACGUGCGGUCUCCGCUCGCUACCACAAUUAUCUCCAACCAGUAUGUCCAAGCACAUGGAAUCUCUACGGGAAUGCGCAUCCGAAGAUGAUCUACUACACGAUGUCAUUUUCAAGGUCGGCCAAAAAUCUUACCCCGCACACAUGUACAUAAUAGCAUCUAGUAGCGAGCAUUUAUACAAAUUGUACCAAGAGAAGCUUACCCAGACUAACCCAGGAGACAAACCAGAGGUCACCCUGGAGAAUGUCCACCCUGAAGCCUUUGAAAGGGUGAUGAAGUACAUGUACACUGGCUCUUGUGAUGUGGCUGAGUUAGGACCAUGUGGACUGAAGAUCACCAAGGAAGAGCUGGUAAAGAAGGAUAAGGAAGCUGAUGAAGAGUUGGAGGUGAUCGAAAAUCCAUCAGAGAUAUCAGCUUUCGAAGUGUACAACAAACAGGGCGACAAGGCCAAGCGACCCCGCCCCCGUCGCAGCGCGGACACCCCGCCGCGCGCGCGCCCGUACUGCGACCCCGUCAAACUGGUGCAGGCCACCGCCAAGCGCCUGCAGGUCAUGGCGCUGCAUAAACUGCUGGAUAAGUUCUACUACAAGAACGGAUCAAUAUGUCUAAAAGAAAGUGCGAGUAGCAAUUACUCCCGGAAUCCUGCUCCAUGUUGGAAUCGGGAGGCCUACCCUGAGCUGGUGGAUACCCACGUAGUAUGUAAAGACGGGGCCGCUAUACCCGCGCACAAGUGCGUACUCGCUGCACGACUCGACUACUUCCAAGGGAUGUUCAUGCACUCCUGGACUGAGAGCAAGAUGCUGUCAAAAGUAACUCUCCCAAUAAAUUACGGCAUCUUACUGCCAGUCAUCAACUUCUUAUACACAGACUCCUGCCAAGAGAUAGAAAACAGCGAUAGUAUCGACUUCAUCUGCAACCUACUGAUAGUCGCUGAUCAGUUGUUUAUUACGCGACUUAGAGAAAUGUGUGAAAUCGCUCUAGCAAAUCUGAUUAACUUGAAAAACUGCGCAGAACUCUGCCAGUUCGGACACACAUACAACGCAACACAGCUGAAACAAUGCUGCAUGGAGUUCAUCUCUCUAAACUUGAACAGUGUCCUAGAAAACAGAGCCUUAGACUUACUAGAAGACACUUUACUUGACGACAUCACUCAGUAUUAUUGCAAGUUCAACCCCAUAAUGUCCUCCAGAGUCAUCACUCCAUUCUUCAACGCACCUUCAGAUGAGGUAAUAGAAGAAUUCGCCAAAAACUACCCCGUCAACUUAGAACUAACAGACGAGGAAUACAAAAAGGAUGACAGUGUCAUAGAAAUUGUUAGCAAUAAAAAGAAAAAAGGAAAGAAGAUUGAAUAUACAGAGAGUGAAAAGGAGAGAAUGAGGUACGAAUCUGUGUGUGAUACUUCCAAGGAUAUAACGCUGUCUUUGACCAAGAUAUCCAAGGAUACAGAGAAAGGAUCUAAAGAUAAGCAGGAAAAAUGGACCGAAGUGCCGUCUUCACAGCAGAAACAGCUGAAAAUCGUCCAAGCCAGACUCAAAGCCAUAAAUGUUUAUGCAGAUAUAUUGAAUGAAGCUCCCUCCGAAUCUUUUACGAAACUCACCAAGAGUACUUCUUCAAGUGCCAUGACAAUAGAAAAGUUGCCGACAUCGUCGCGAAUGUCGGUCUCUCCUAAAGAAUCCCCUACCUCUGAGCCUGCUUGGGGUACACAGGGUAACCUAGUUAUAAGUCACGUGGGACCAAAAUUAUCUCAGAAACAGCGCAAAAAGUUAGCCAUGCAAGGAAACGAAACAGCAUCUCAAACAAUUGAUUUCUUUAAUAAGGUAACUGUGGGUAGUCCACCUGAUAAGCCGAAGAACCCAUGGAAGAUCUGUGAGCCACCGGUUGCUAGUAGCAGCCCCAAAACUAAAACCAUAGAAUUUAAUAAGAUAUUAACAGACCAGAAGAAGCAAAAAGAGGAUCACUCAAGAAUCAUGACCAAACCACUUCUUAUGACACAGCUUGAAGACAAAGCUAUAGAGCAAUUGGAGAGAUUCUACAACGUCCAUGAGAUUGAUGACGAACUGAUCACAGUGCGGCGCAUUGAGCUGCAAGUGUCCUCUCCACAAUGGCUGCACACUGCCCCUAAGUGAUAA